GGAGUGAAUCUAAAGCCAGCAGAUGAGCAGACAGAAACUGAAAGAUCCCCAAAAAGGAUGAGAGAGAGGGCCCUGCUGAACUGGAGCACAGGCGGCUGGCUGCUGGCACUGUGCCUGGCCUGGCUGUGGACCUGCUUGGCCACAGCUGCCUCGCAGCCUCCAACUGCCACAGUGCUCGUGCAGCAGGGCACCUGCGAGGUGAUUGCUGCUCACCGCUGCUGCAACCGGAACCGCAUCGAGGAGCGCUCCCAGACUGUCAAAUGCUCCUGUUUUUCUGGCCAGGUGGCUGGCACCACGCGGGCAAAGCCCUCCUGCGUAGACGCCUCCAUCGUCCUGCAGAGGUGGUGGUGCCAGAUGGAGCCCUGUCUGCCAGGGGAGGAGUGUAAGGUGCUUCCAGACCUAUCAGGAUGGAGCUGCAGCAGCGGACACAAAGUCAAAACCACCAAGGUCACACGAUAGCUUUUGGGGGUCACAGCCUGGGAAGGACAGGCUUGAGUGAGCCAUGGACUGAAGAACGGUGUCAUGUUGUUAGCCAGCAAAUUUGAGGAUUCGCCUACCUGGACACAUGUCCCAUGCCAGGGCACCAACAGUCUUUCCAGGAGCUUUUCA